CGGACCAGUAAAUUACCCGGAUGCAAAAAGCCAUGUGCAGUGCUGUCUCUGAAGUUCGAUUCACCACACCUCUCUCUGGUCGUUCUUCUCAACUCUAUAACGUUAAUCACUCAGUUUCCUCCAGACGACCAAAUCGUGCCAGCCUAAAAUCUUUCAAACGACAAAGAUGCUGCGUCUACCCACGGUGAUGAGACAGAUGAGGCCAGUCUGCAGGGCCCUGGCCCCCCACCUCACCCGAGCCUACGCCAAGGACGUCAAGUUUGGAGCCGAUGCUCGGGCCAUGAUGCUGAAGGGAGUGGAUCUGCUGGCUGAUGCUGUCGCCGUCACCAUGGGUCCCAAGGGUCGCACAGUAAUCAUUGAGCAGAGCUGGGGCAGCCCCAAGGUGACCAAGGACGGCGUCACUGUAGCCAAGGCCAUUGACCUGAAGUGCAAGUACCAGAACAUCGGUGCCAAGCUGGUCCAGGACGUGGCCAACAACACAAACGAGGAAGCAGGAGAUGGCACCACUACCGCCACCGUGCUGGCCAGAGCCAUCGCCAAGGAGGGCUUUGACACCAUUAGUAAAGGCGCUAACCCUGUGGAGAUCCGCCGUGGCGUCAUGCUGGCUGUGGAGACCGUCAUUGCUGAACUGAAGAGGAUGUCUAAGCCAGUCACCACACCUGAGGAGAUUGCCCAGGUGGCCACCAUCUCUGCUAAUGGAGACGUGGAGAUCGGCACCAUCAUCUCCAACGCCAUGAAAAAAGUGGGCCGCAAGGGAGUCAUCACUGUCAAGGAUGGCAAAACUCUGCAUGAUGAGCUUGAGAUCAUUGAGGGGCUGAAGUUCGACCGCGGCUACAUCUCACCUUACUUCAUCAACACAGCCAAAGGCCAGAAGUGUGAGUUUCAGGAUGCUUAUGUGUUGCUGAGUGAGAAGAAGAUCUCCACUGUCCAGAGCAUCGUCCCUGCCCUGGAAUUGGCCAACCAGAACCGCAAACCUCUGGUCAUCGUGGCUGAGGAUGUGGACGGAGAGGCCCUCAGCACCCUGGUUCUCAACAGGCUGAAGGUGGGACUACAAGUGGUGGCAGUCAAGGCCCCAGGCUUUGGAGACAACAGGAAGGCCCAGCUGCACGACAUGGCCGUGGCCACCGGGGGCACUGUGUUUGGUGAUGAGGCGGUGGGCAUUGCUCUGGAGGACAUCCAGGCACAUGACUUUGGCCAGGUGGGCGAGGUGUCAGUGACCAAGGACGACACCAUGCUGUUGAAGGGGAAGGGAGACACGGCAUCCAUCGAGAAGAGGCAGGCUCAGAUCGCUGAGCAGCUGGAGAACACCACCAGCGAUUACGAGAAGGAGAAGCUCAACGAAAGGCUGGCCAAGCUGUCUGACGGAGUGGCUGUGCUCAAGGUGGGAGGAACGAGUGAUGUGGAGGUGAAUGAGAAGAAGGACCGUGUGACCGACGCCCUGAAUGCCACCAGGGCCGCUGUGGAGGAGGGCAUCGUGCCCGGGGGUGGCUGUGCACUGCUGCGCUCAAUCCCUGCCCUGGAUGCCCUCGUGCCCAUCAACUCUGACCAGAAGAUUGGAAUUGACAUCAUCAGACGAGCCCUGCGUGUGCCGGCCAUGACAAUUGCUAAGAACGCUGGUGUGGAGGGCUCUCUAGUGGUAGAGAAGAUCCUUCAGGCCGCGGUGGAGAUCGGCUACGAUGCCAUGGAAGGAGAGUACGUCAACAUGGUAGAGAAGGGCAUCAUUGACCCCACCAAGGUGGUGAGGACUGCACUAAUGGAUGCUGCAGGUGUCGCAUCCCUUCUCUCCACUGCUGAGUGUGUGGUCACAGAGCUGCCCAAGGAGGAGAAGGAGGGUGGCAUGCCAGGAGGUAUGGGAGGUAUGGGCGGUAUGGGAGGUAUGGGCGGUGGCAUGUUCUAAGGCCCACCUCAAAGCGCUGUAAAAACUUAAUGGCAGCGUGGGGCUAGGGGGCAAAUUGUCCCUCCAACCCCCAGACUUGCCAAAACUGAAUGGCCGUGAGUUUUGUUGGAGCUGCAAAUGGAUGAACCACACUACUUCUGCUGAUUGUCUCCCCUCCACCCUCUGGAAGAACAGACUAGCCUGUCCUCGCUCAGCCUCUCUCCGUCCCUCUACCCGACCAGCCUGUCCUCGCUUAGCCUCUCUCCAUCCCUCUACCUCUUUAACUGAGGCUCUGAGACCCCAGUCUACUCCGAUGACCCCCCCCCCCCCCCCCCUCUUAUUAACUGAGGCUUUGAGACCCCUCCAUUUACCUCACAAACAUGGCCGUCUCAUCGUCCAUCAGCAACAUGCAGAAUAUUCACUGUUUAUGAAAGAUGCUAACCAGUGCGAAUAAUGCAAUGCUGGUAUUGAUAAAUUGUCAUUUCUAUCAAAUGGAAGUAAUGAAGCCUGUAACUUCCUGACGUUACAGACUAGGCUGAUUUUAAUACAUGGUUAAACACAGGAUAGCUAUAGAUAGAAGGGGGUUUGCUAGAGAAAGGAAACUUGGCCAGACAUGCCACUGUCAAUUUUUGUCAUAACCUUUUGUUAGUUUUAGCUUUGUCCUGUUUCACCCAAGUAAUGUUGGGAGGAACCGUAACCUUUUUCAGUUGAGUUAAUGAAAAUAAAAUAAUUGCGGCGCAUGAGCAUUCCUUUGUCUGAUUUCAAUACUCAAAUAUUCUAGAACUUUGGAACCAAAAGAUUCAUAUCAGAAUUCUAGAGGAUGGUUAUUGUGCAUUAAGAUAGCUGAAUGUCUUUCCAGCAGAGGUUGGUCGGACUAGUUACAGCAGUUUGGGCCAGUUAAGGUCCAAGCCACAAGUUAAUGUGAAACCCAUUGAUGUCCUCAUGACCGGAUUUGUAUUUACUGCUCAUAGAUGUUUAGCCUACAUUUACUGUGUUCAAUCAGUACUAUAAACAACCGUGCAUUCAAGAAGUGUUGAGCUGUUUCUCUCUCCCCAGUACAUUAUUUCUUUGCAAAUAACCAAUUGUGAUCAUUUGACAUGUUUUGUACAAUGUAGACAUUAAUUUGUUUUUAUUUAAUAAAACCAAAUGUUCUGAACAAGA